CACGGAUCACACCGUCACGACCAGAACCAGAACGCGCUGGUUGUCAUGGAAACCCCUGAUCAACUGCUUUGUGAUUUUAGUUAUUGAAAAUGUGACCAAAAAUCAUUGGUUUUAACAUUUUAUUUUAUAAAUGGUACGACCCGGUAUCAUCAGGAGCAGUGAAUUAUUCAAGCAGAUUUUAUGAAACCUGCUCAUCAGUUGCUACUUUUUAAAAACACAAAACUUUUUUAAUAAGAAUUUUAAUUCCAUUUUGUUUCAUUUUCUUAUCCUAAUAAAAAUGUUUUACAGUGUAAAAUAUUCUGUUCACCAGUAAAGUUUAAAGUAAUUGACUAAAUUAUUACAAUUUGAUCAUUAUUUUGGACUUUAUUAGAUGAAACUCUUUACAUACCUAAUGUUGCCCAAAGAAUGUAAUAAAUAUUUAUUACAUAAAGUAAAUAUUUAUUACUUUGUUAUUCAGAAAGUAAUAAAUAUGUUAAAGUUGAUAUGAAAAUAUCUUCAGAAAAGUUUCACAUCUUUAAUCAGUUUCUUUUCUUUUUGCACCAAAAUCUAAAGUCUAAAAUAAUUUUCUCCCAAAAUAAAUAAUAUUUUAAAUUCUCUCUCCUUUAUCGGCACAACGACAAAUAAAACAUUUAAUGAAACAAACAAUAAUCUGAUGUUUUUCCUCAAACUGUUUCUGUUUAGCUCAGGAUGAAAGACGGACGGUUCUGAUGGUUCUGAUGGUUCUGAUGGAUGUUUGAGGUAAAUCUUAUUAUGAAAUAACUUUAAUAAACUUAAUAACUGUAAUGAACUGAACCAAACUGGUUCCCUCUCAUCUCUCGUCCCUGAUCCAGUCUGCUGGUUCUGAUUCUUGGUUCUGGUUCUAGGUUCUGGUUCUCUCUGUGUGUAUUCUGCUGACUCGGCGUUUCCCUCUUAUCUCUCGUCCCUGAUCCGGUCCGCCGGAUCGCCCUGCCAAUGAUUUACAGCCUGCAGCAGAGACAACGAGCCGGGCCUCAUCAGAACCGGGUCUGAGGGAGCCCGGACCGAGCGUCCCAAUUGGCUGGCCGGCGCUGACGCUCACCUGAGGACACGCCCACCCCCUCACCUCUGUGCAGCCUGUCCUCUGACAGACGGCAGGACAAAAGUCCAACCGGGCCGGUUCUGUGUGAAAGUUCCUGCAGGAGGAAAUAUCAGCUCAUAAAUGACCUCUGACCUGAUAGAGACGGUUACCAUGGAGCUGCUGAACCUCCUGAACAAAUCAGCUUCAUGCUACAUAAACCUGCAAUCCUAUUGGCUGACGGGACCAACAGCUGGUUACCAUGGAGACGACUGCACAGGAUGAGCGGCGUCGGGCCCAAGUCGUUGUUCUUCCUCGGACUCCCGGACCGGAGCCAGUUGGUCUGCGUCACGCUGAGUCCGCAGGAGGAAGAGCAGCAGGAGCCCAGGACCAAUCAGAUCAAGACCUGCAGGGAGCUGGUGCUGCUGUACUUGGACAUCCUGGCCUGUCCUGCUCUGGACUCCAUCACUGACGUCACUGCAGUCAUGUCUGUAAGCCUCCACCGUUUAUUGGCUUUAAUAAGCAGCAUUACAGUGUGAAACAUUAUGGCAGAAAAUGGAUGGAAGUUUGGUAACUUACUCAUUCAGAUCGGACAUAAUGUGGUUAAAUAUAAAUCAUUUGAGCUGAAUAUUAAAAAGAUUAUAAAAAAUAUAUAAUAAUGAUAAUAACUAAUUAACUUCCAUAUUAAAACUACAACUUAUAAUAAUUUUAAAAAUCCAAUAAAAUACUAAUACUAGUAAAUAAUGAUAUUAGAUAAUAUAUAGGUAAUAGACUAAGGAUAAUUAUUAUGUAAAAAGUAAAUAAAUAAAUGAGAUGAAUGAAGAUGUAAACUUGAGGUCUGGUUCUGCUGUUGCUCUCUGCUGCAGCAGGAAGUUUCCUGUUGUUCCACAGAUGUGGAGAUUGAGACAUUGUGAGGCUGACAGGAACAUGAAUGAUUGCCGUGGAAACGUUGCACGCCACCCCGUCUGCUCACACGCUACCUGCAUGCGCCGCUGCAGCAGCUGCAGCAGUUCGCCUCUCUGUGACUGGAAACAGAAAUAUAUUCUAGAAAUCAUCUCAUUGAACUGAUUCAGAAUAAUCAGGGAAAGUUUCUAUUUCAAAGACUUUAGUUUUUCUUCUUUAACUUUGUUUCUAAAAAGUAAAACCAGCUGCUGAUGAAGGGAAACCCAAACUAUCAGAACAAACUGCCUGCAGCACAGAGCAGCAGUCUGACCCGUUCAGUCCAGUCGGUUCUGUCCUCAUCAGAGGCAGUCAGUGAAAGUUCUGCAGGAAACCAGGAGGAGAGAAGAGCAGCGACCUUCAGAACGACCCUGCUGAAGGUCCACUUCCUGCAGCGCGGCGUCCUGCAGGCCUUUGCCAUCAGAAACCGUCUGCAGCUGGGCGGUCCUCACACGGCGUUUCCAGGCGACCUGCAGUGCUGCCUCUCUUACUCUCUGAUCAGCCGUUUGGCUCCCAGCUGGAACAAAGCAGGACUUUACCUGAUCUCAGGGGCAGACUUCCUGACCUGGCGAGGAACGCUCAGCGCCGUCAGUCUGGAGAUGAACACCAGUGGCGAUCGGCUGAGCCUCAGCAUCGAAGCCAGCGCCGUCAGAACGCCGCCGCCCACGCUGGACGACCUCGGGCUGCCGGCGCCGGUCCUCCAGAGGUUCUGCAGCGACCCGGACUUCAUCCUGGACCCGUCCUCCACUGGGGGACCCGUCUGGUGCCACGUCCUGCCCAGCAUGAAGAAGGGUCAGAUCAUCAGCAUCAGCCGCCAGCUGCCCAGAGACGGACCCUUCCGGACCUACGGAGACCUUCAGAACCACUGGAACCGCCUGUACGGCUACCGGCUGCCGGACCUGGAGGGGGGCGGAGUCUACUGCAGCGUCUACUUCAGACCGGUGGGAGAGAAAGUCUUCACUUACCCUCUCAGCUGUAUCCGCCUGCAGCCUGUGCAGCGCUGCCCCCGGGGUGACCUGCAGGGGGCGCUGGCCCGCUUCCUGGCCGACAGCAGUGAGCGGCUGCAGAGCGUGUGCGGCUUCCCGACCCGUCUGACCAGUAAACCCAGUUACCCCACGGCCGGCCUGACCACCGCUGCCUCCAUGCAGGUUCUGAGUUUGGACCAGAUCAACCUGACCACCAGGCCGGUUCUGUCCCAGCCUGCGCCGUCCUCCCGGGCAGACCCGCCCACCUGGGUCUCGCUCUCCCAGCAGGGCGGCGCUCUUCCAGGAAGCAGAUCUGGGAACUCGCUGUGGUACCGUCCGGAGGCCCGGUCCCCGUCAGCCCGGUCCCCGUCAGCCCGGUCCCCGUCAGCCCACCCGUCCUCCAGUCAGAACCAGCACCAGUCGGACCACUCCCGAUUCGUUUCCUCUUUCUUCCAACACUUCCAGCCGGCUUCAUCCCUCCCUCCUCUUCCUCAGCCCGGUCCGGUCCCAGUGAACCCGCCUCCCAAACUGGUUCCCAUCUUCAGGAACAACGACCCGACCCGCCGGCUCAGCGUGGCUCUGCUGCGAGUCCAGAAGCAGCAGAACCGAGGGAUGGAGGACAAACGCAGACUCACCCUGCCGCUUCCUGUUGGGUCACGAACCACACCUUCCUCUUCCUCCGCCUCUUCCUCAGCCGCGCCCCUCCCUCCUCCUCUCAUCGUCCCCCGAUUCGCCCGCCGCCCUAAAAGCCGGAGCGCCGCCGUUCCUCAGCCGUCGGGUCAGUCCAGGGUCACCCGGAUCUCCAGCCUCAGCCCAGUGUUCAAGGCGAAAGCAGCCAUCAUCAUCCCACCCAGAACCAAACCCAGCAGAACCUCUGGGACGGUCCGACCCGAACGGGCCGCCGACCGCUGGAAGGCAGCGGGACCCGAAAGCAUCGCCCCCAGGAGCAUCAUGAAAACCAGCAGAGAGGCUGGCCCUGAAGGCAGCACCGAACCAGAACCAACCCCGCCGCACAGGGAGACCGCCAGCAGCAGGAAGACGGUCGGCUUCGAUCUGAAAGAGAAACACAACAAGUCCAAAGUUUCAGUGGAAGACGUGGAGAAAAUGGCCAGAAGCAACCAGUGGUCCAGCCUGAGCGGCCGCUCUCUGCUGCUGUGGCUCAGGAACAGAGGAAUCCCUGUGAGCUCCAAGCUGAGGAAGGAGGAGCUGAUGAUGAAGGUGAUGAGCUGCCUGGCCGAGGCCUGAGCCGCCUGAUUGGACGGCGCCGCUGCACCACAGCCAAUCACAGAACGGUAAAAUCCUCCAGCAGCAGCAGCGUUCUCUGCUGCUGCUGGAGGAAAGAUUUAAUGUUUUUUAUUUAAAAAGAACAUUUAUAUUCUUUCUGUUCUAACUUUUUUAUUUCAUUUAUUUAU